AUUCUGGCCAAGGUAUCCAGCCACCCUGGGGACCACAGGCAGUGCCUUCUCCCCACCGGGACCAGGAGGGCAAGGCCUGGAGUCCCCUGCUUAUUCUUGUGGGUCUGUGACUGCCAGCCUGGAGGCUCUGCCCAGGGUUUCCUUGGGAGCUCUGUGGAGUGGGACUUCAGGGCCCCAUCCUCAAGAUUGUCAUUCAGGAGGUCCCUCCUGGGUCUGGGCUUCUAACAUUGCUCAGGUGACAGAUGAGCACCACUCACUCAGACAGUGCAGAUGCCUGACACACAUCUUGCUUCCCAUACUCCAUCCUGGAAAAGCACAAGGUCCCCUCCUGUCCCCGAACAAUGUGUGUCCCUCCCUGUCUUGGUCUCCACCACCCAUGUCCAGAGUCUCCGGGGGUCCUCUUGUCUGCCCGUUAAAUGGCACCUGGUUCCUGAUGGGGCUGUCCAGCUGGAGACUGGACUGCCACUCACCUGUCGGCCCCAGCAUCUUCACCAGGCUCUCCUACUUCACCAACUGGAUCAGCCAGAAGAAGAGGGAGAGCCCCCCGCCCAAUCCCGCCUUGGCUCCUCCUCAGGAAACACCCUCAGGCCUGGACAGCAUGACCUCUCAGCCACCUGUUCACAAGCCCCGGCUCUGUGCAGCUCUGCUGGCUGCUCACACCUUCUUCCUGCUGCUGAUUCUCCUGGGGAGCCUGUGAAGGGCUGGGGCCCCUGGCCUCUUAACACAAGCAUGCCCACCUCAGGCCGGCCUCCUUGCUGAGCUCUGCAUGCUCCUGACAUGUUUCCAUCUCUGGGCUCUCCUGUCUGCCCAAGGCCACCCCUGCCUCAGGCCUGACAAAAUAAAAACCACCCAAGAAGCUACUUGCUCUGGUUUCUGGCCCACCAGAGUCUCUCCCAUGCUUCACUGUGCCUCCAGCUCCUCAGGGAGGGAAGGUCUCCUUCCUCCCUGGGCGGGGGCCAGGCUGGCCAUUUGGGAGGGAAGUCACUCUCCUUGGGGAGUUGGGUCGUGCAGACUCAGGCACCAUUCCUGCCAUCAGGGGUGUACGGUCUUCCGGAAAAAUGGGGCCAAGGGCCGCCCAGCAUGGAAGAAGCCACCUGUCUCCCUGGAGCUGGGUGCGGGGCACCGGUCAGGGCUGAAGCCGCUUCUUCCAGGCAUACAAGUCACAGAAGCUCUCCUUGACAGCUCACAAGUAGACUGUGAAGGGGGCUGAGGGCUGUGUCAGCAAUCCCAGAACUCUGUCCCAGGGGUCAGCUCUCAGCCGAUUGCCCACUGUACCCGCAGCCCUGCCUUCUCCCUGCCUCCAGAAACCCAGGCCCCCAUCCCUGGGGCUUGCUCCAGCUUGUAGUGGUUGUGGUUUGGCUGACACGGGACUUGCUGCUCCUGCACUGAGCCCACACACCAGCCUCCGAGCUGCCCCUGCACCUGCCUGAGUCAGGUUUGUAUCCUCAGCAGGACUCUCAA